AUGGUUUCUUAUUUCCCAUCAACAAAAUCUUCAGAAGAGGUGAAAACCCUCUAUUUCACUGGAAGUUACUCAAAAGAUCUUGCUGAAUCCAUAACUUCCAAACUUGUGGUGAAAUUGACUGAUUUUAAACUUUCAAGAUUCGCUGAUGGUGAAAUAAGCUUGGACAUGGGUGAUGAUUUGUUUAACUCAAACGUUGUGAUUCUUCACUCUACACAGCCACCUGCAAACGAUUCACUCAUGGAGCUUCUGCUUAUGGUUUCAACGGCCAAAAGGGCAGGUGCAAGCACAAUCACUGCCGUUGUGCCAUAUUUAUGUUAUUCAAGGCAGACUGAUAAACAUACCAAAGGCUCUCCAAUUUCAUCAGCUGAUGUUGCCCUUCUUCUACAAGCAGUUGGACUUCAGAGGUUAAUCACGCUGGAUAUUCACUCGGUUGUCUGCUCAGGCUUCUAUAAUCAUACGUUAUUUGAAUCGCAUUUAGUACACUCAGUAGCUGUAAAAUACUUUUUGGCUUUAAACCUACACAACGUAGUAGUGGUGGCUCCUGAUGCUGGAGCUCAAAAAAGGGCUCUCAAUUUCACACAAGAAUACAAUGCUAUUCUGAAGGAUAAACCUGAAUUGUUGGCAACAACAGCCCUAGUUUAUAAAACCCGAUCAGAAGCAAACAAAGUGGAUUCUGUGUAUAUAAGUGGAUCGGUAGAAGGGAUGAACGUUAUAUUAGUUGAUGACAUGAUUGAUACAGCAGGAACAAUAGUCAAAGCAGCUGAGUUAUUGAAGGAGCGGGGAGCACUGAAGGUGUAUGCUUUUGUUACACAUGGUCUCUUUUCAGGGCCUGCUAUUGAAAGAAUUAACAAUUCACAUUUUGAGAAGGUUGUUGUCACUAACUCGAUACAGCAGCCUGAAGCUGUAACUAACUCUUCUAAGGUCGUAGUACUUGACACUUCAGAAUUCUUGGCAAAUUUGCUAAAGAAUCAGCCAUAA